CACCCGACGACCGAUUCAAAACCGCCCAGCCCAGCUCAGCUCAGCACGGCUCCAUUUCGCUUCCCCUUCCCUUCCUCGGUUCAUCUUCCCCUUUCGUCGCCCCCGAUAGAACAACGCGACUCCUCGUCUCAUCCCAUCCCAUCCCAUCCGAGGUGAGCAUGGCGGCGGUGCCGCCGGACGGCCAGGAGAAGGUGAUGGCGGCGGCGCAGCACAUCGUCAAGUCGCUCGCCAACUCCAAGAACGCCGCCGACGACAUGAUCCGCAUCCUCUCGGGAUUCGACAACCGCCUCUCCCUCAUGUCUGACCUCUUCCCUCCUCCCCCUGGCGCCGCCGCGGAUUCCAUCCUAGAGGCGGAGGAGGGGACCUCCCAGGGAGAGGGGGACGAGCCCGACCCCGACCCCGACGACGCCGCCCGGGACGAGGAGUGGGACGCGGCGGUGGAGGUGAUCGAGCGGUGGGAGUCACCGGGGGCCGGGGACAAGCUGCUGUUCGACUCGCGGGAGGACGCCGACGAGUACCUCGCCGCGGCCGCCUGCCUCCUGGGCGCGCACGGCCCGCGCGCCGAGGCGACGCUGCAGGCCGCGAUGGCGCGGCUCGAGGAGGAGUUCCGACACCUGCUGAUCCGCGGGGCGUCGCCGUUCGCUGCCGAGGACCUGCAGGCCUCGCUCCUCCGCCGCCUCUCGCUCACGGUGCCGUCCUUCAACUCCUACGCCGUAGACCUAGAUUGCCCCUCCUUCGCCAGCCACGCCGGCGAGGGAGACGAUUCAGGAGGCAGGAAUUCGGUCUCCGAUGACGAGAUCUCGCCUUAUCUGAUCGCUCCGGACACCGUCAGCGCCCUUAGGGACAUUGCGGACGUCAUGCUGCGCGCGGGCUACGCGCCGGAGCUGUGCCAGGUCUACAGCGAGGUGCGCCGCGACACGCUCAUGGAGUGCCUCGCCGUGCUCGGGGUCGACAAGAUGAGCCUGGAGGAGGUACAACGCGUGGAGUGGGGCGUACUGGACGGCAAGAUGAAAAAGUGGAUCCAGGCGCUCAAGGUCGUCGUCCGGGGCCUUCUUGCUGAGGAGCGCCGCAUCUGUAGCCAGAUCCUUGUGGCUGACACGAACGCUGAGGGGGAGUGCUUCACUGAGGCGGCCAAAGGGUGCAUCCUGCAGAUGCUUAACUUUGGUGAUGCUAUUGCAAUUGGGAAGAGAUCGCCCGAGAAGCUUUUCCGCAUACUGGGAAUGUACGAAGCGCUAGCUGAGGUGCUGCCAGAGCUGGAGGGCUUGUUCUCAGGUGAGGCGAGGGAUUUCAUCAAGGAAGAGGCUGAGGGCAUACUCGUGCGGCUUGGGGGUGCAGUGUGUGGCACGAUUGCAGAGCUUUCCAAUGCCAUACAGGGAGAGACUUCUCGGAGACCGCUGCCAGGUGGGGAGAUACACCCCCUCACCCGUUAUGUUAUGAACUAUGUCCGGUUGCUUGCAGACUACAAUGCCUCACUGAAUCACCUUCUUGAACAUUGGGACACUGAUCUAGAAAACGGGGGUGACAAUGCGAACAUGACUCCAUUGGGGUACUGUAUGCUCAUGCUAAUCACACAUCUACAGGGCAAGAUUGAAGAGAAAUCGAAGCUGUACGAGGAUGAGGCACUGCAGAACAUAUUUUUGAUGAACAAUCUAUUGUACAUUGUGCAGAAGGUGAAGGAUUCAGAGCUGAAGACCUUACUUGGGGAUAACUGGAUCCGUAAGCGCCGUGGUCAGAUAAGGCAAUACUCAACAGGGUAUCUCCGGUCGUCAUGGACUAGAGUGUUAGCUUGCCUGAGAGAUGAUGGGUUGCCACAAACAAUGGGUUCAUCGAGUGCACUCAAGGCUGCACUGAAGGAUAGAUUCAAGAACUUCAACUUGGCCUUUGAGGAGCUGUACAGAACACAAACAGCAUGGAGAGUUGUGGAUCCUCAGUUAAGAGAAGAGUUGAAGAUUUCCAUCUCAGAGAAGGUUCUUCCAGCAUACCGUUCAUUUGUUGGGAGAUUCCGGGGCCAACUAGAGGGAGGAAGGAGUUCUGCAAGGUAUAUAAAGUACAACCCUGAGGAUUUGGAGAACCAAGUCUCAGAUUUCUUUGAAGGGAGAAGGCCAAAUGCUUGAUGGUCAAGGGAUGUUCAUUUCAAUGAUGCUACCUACAAGUCGCAUCCAAAUUUUGAUGAUGUUAGUUCCAAGUCCCUUCCAAAAUUCAUUGGCACUACUGUACAGUGAACUUGACCUUCCAACAUCCUUUUGAAAGUCUGGAGGUGCAAUUUCUGAACUGACAGAAAUGGUGUGAACUGCAUAGCAACCUGAAUCGAAUACAUAGCUUUUCAUCCCUGAUCCUGUCAAUCCUGUCAAGGUGAGUGGUGACGACAUUGAGGUUUGCACAUGGAAUUUAUGACAACUGCAUCUGUCACGAGCUGUUUAAUUGCAAUUCUUACAUUUCGCCCUUCUUUUGUUGAUUGUAACAUCUCAUGACUCCUGUUUGUCUUCAAAAGGGUGUUGGUGCUUGGCAUUUUUAUGUACAGUUAUACCAGCAGUUAUGUUCACAUUUACCUCGCUGCAACCUUUUCUUAUGUUCAGUAUAGUCUGUUGCAACCUUUUGUUAUAUUCACUUAUUCAUCAUAAACAUAUAUAUAGUUACUUGUCUUAUGUUCAGUAUAGUCUGUUGCAACCUUUUGUUUAUCCAACUCGGUUCCAUUUAUUAUUUUACUAUCUGAUGAAUGAUGUUGGGACCUUUCCUUUUAUUGCAUAGUUUGCUACUUAUA